AUGGAUAGUAUCAAACAGAGUAUAGAAGAAGUGACCGAAAAAAUGAAGAGCUUGACCGCUGAGCUUAACGCUUUUACGGCAGAAUCACGGCGAGCGGACACGACCACACCGGGGCCAGCAGCCCGACAAAAAAUAGAAAAAAUGAGUGCAGAGGUCGUUGAUUCAAACCCAUACAGUCGACUGAUGGCGCUGAAACGAAUGGGUAUCGUAAAAGAUUACGAGAAAAUCAGAGAAAAGACUGUUGCUGUCGUUGGAGUGGGCGGUGUUGGAAGUGUCGUUUCCGAAAUGCUCACCAGAUGCGCUGUGGGAAAACUCAUUCUUUUUGAUUACGAUAAGGUCGAGCUUGCAAAUAUGAAUCGAUUAUUCUAUCAGCCUCAUCAGUCAGGGCUCAGUAAAGUUGAAGCUGCAAAAGACACACUAAUUCACAUUAAUCCAGACGUUAUCAUUGAAACACAUAAUUAUAACAUUACAACUAUGGAUAACUUCAACAACUUUGUAGACCGUAUACGUCAUGGUUCUCUUACUGGUGGAAAAGUAGAUUUGGUUCUCAGUUGUGUCGAUAAUUUUGAAGCUAGGAUGACUGUUAAUACGGCUUGUAAUGAAGAAAACCAAGUGUGGAUGGAGUCAGGAGUGAGCGAAAAUGCUGUUUCUGGUCACAUUCAAUAUAUUGAACCCGGACGCACUGCCUGCUUUGCUUGCGUACCUCCGCUUGUGGUGGCGUCAAACAUUGAUGAGAAAACUUUGAAGAGGGAAGGCGUGUGCGCAGCGUCACUGCCAACGACAAUGGCCGUUGUUGCCGGUUUUUUGGUUCAAAAUACUCUCAAAUAUCUCCUGAAUUUUGGUGAGGUGUCCAUGUACGUGGGCUACAAUGCAUUGCAAGACUUCUUCCCCCGACAGGAAAUGAAACCAAACGACCAAUGCGAUGAUCGGUUUUGCAGACAAAGACAAAAAGAAUAUCAGGCGAAGAAGGCUGCUGAAACCAAAGUCGAUAUUCCAAUAGAUGAAAAGGAGGAAGAAGUUGUGCAUGAGGAAAACGAUUGGGGAAUUGAGCUCGUUGAUGAAUCUAAGGUUGAAGAAUCAAAAACCAAUGUCGGGCAUGGUCUUCGGUAUGCCUAUGAACUCCCGAAAGAAGCUGAAACUGCGAGCGAACCCAACGAGCAAUCAUCGGAGACAUCAAAACAGGACCUAGCUUCGCUUAUGUCUCAGCUGAAGGGGCUAUAG